AUGGGAGAAGUUGUGUGGAUAGCGGUGUUUGCGACGGCUUUCAUCAGCUGCAAUGCCCUCUUGGAUCUAUCUGGUGUCCACCAGGUCACAGGCACAUGGAUGGGAUCCACCAUUUUACCAUGUACCUACAUGCCCUCAGAAGAUUUCGCACAGCAAACACUCAGCUGGAGCAUGGAGCGAGACUAUAGCACCUCUACCAUCUUUCGGAGGGAUGAUUCUGGUGACCACGUCCUGUUGUCUCAGUUCCGAGACCGGGUCAGUGUCCCAAAGAACAGCCCAGGGAACGCCUCGCUCCUCAUCGAGAAUCUUGAAAUCCCCGACAGCGGACACUACACCUGUCAAGUCAUCUGGAGGUCUAAAAACAACAGCUUUAUAACAAGGGAGGUGACCACUACGGUUAAAGUUGUCAAGGUGGCAGCGACCAAGCCCAUCAUCAGUGCCGGUGAGCUGGGGCUGAUGGUCCCAGCAGGAGCCAGCACCAGCCUGAGCUGUGUGGCCAACGGGUCCCCCCCCAUCAGCUACAGCUGGUUCAGGAGCACCCCGGGAGGGGAAGCCCGGCUCCUGAGCAGACAGGCCGAGCUGGUGUGGGACAGCCUGCGGCCCUCCGACACCGGGACGUACUACUGUGAGGCAGAAAACAGGGCCGGGGCCGGGGCCGUGCAGCAGAGCGACGCCGUGGAGCUGGUGGUGAGAG